GCCUCGGUUGAUGUUUUACAGGACUGAGUUAACACAGACGAGAAUAAGGCCAAUAUAUACUGUACAAAUCAGCAAACAAGUUAAAGGCGGUCUUUAAAUGGUCUUCCUCCAGUCCUUAAAUCGACCAAAAUGAUAUAAUAAAUUGGUAAACAGUAUAAGCAGGUGUCAAGUGACCCAAAGAUUCCCUUUAAAGCUCAACAGACAAUUUAAUGGACAGUGUUAAUGCUAAAGUAGGAAGUGGUGACUCGGUACCUGCCCUCAAAAGAUACUGUCCUGCAGAAAAUAUGGUCGCCCAGGUGGCAGAAUAGUAGGCGGGCGGUAGACGAGGGGUAGGCAGAAUAGAGAAUACUUUUCUAUAUAACAAUCGUUUCCUGACCUCAAUUAUUUCCUUCUUUCUCCCUACAAACGCGUUGUAGACCACUUGGCAUUUACGUUUCUGCGAAAGUCAAUAUUGCACUACAACGCACAAUCAUUAAGACAUUGCCUUUAACAUACGACACAACAAACCCCAACUCUUAAACAUACUUGUCGUAUCAACCUAAUAAUUCAUUUCCCGCACUCACGAUGCACUCAUUCAUAAGUCGCAUCUCUGUUGAUGGCGCCUUAACAAGCGUCUCACAGUACGAGUUCGCCAGUUCGGCGAAUUUUGUGCUGUCGCCUACCGCGUCGAAGAACGAUUGGGCUCAGUUCUUCGGCCAAAAGGUCGACAGUAUCUGGCUGUACGCCACCCCCUCUCCUGACAUCGAACACUCGGUGCCUAACGGAUGGAAAAUCGCCCUCGAACUUAAGAGUACCAAGAUGGUCACUCUUGAGCUUUACAACACCGAGGAACCGAACGGCGCGAUCUUCCUAGUCCGUUCUUUCAGCGACAAGCACGACGCCGCGCCCCUGAGCGACUGGAAGGCGCUCAUUACCGACAGCAUCUGCCAUGCUGGUCGCCGCGUCAACGACGGCACAACCUUGCAGGAUAUUAUCCUCAAGGUCCAAGCUGCAGGCUUGCUUCAGUACAAGCUGAAGCUCGGCCGUGGUAUGUCAACCCGCCUUACCCUUGCCCCACAUUAUCUAGUCACUAAUAUACGAUAUAACAGGUCAGCGCUACUGGAUGACCGCGGUUCUAUCCACCAUCGGAGGCUUCAUCUUUGAGCCCGUGACCUCAAUUCCUCUCGUCAGAGAAGCUGACGAGCUGAUGCGCCGCUGCUGGAUUCGGCUUGCGCAUCACACCAAGAGGUACGGUUUUCGGGACGAAGUUGACAAUCGUCUCAAUAUCGCCAAGGGCAAUUGGGAGCAGGCCCCAGCCGGACAAAAUAUCUAAUCGCAUCUUCCGGUUUGGAGUAUUGGGAUAGCCUUGGGGCAUUGGGACACGUUUGGGGCAUCGGUAUAGGCGACCAGAUACAUUUGGGCUUGAUUAGAAUGAAUCGCCGUUUUCGUUAAAUGAUAUACACAUUGCUAUUGCGAAUCUUCUUGAACCGGUCGUAGAUAGAGUGAAUGAGUGUAGUGUCUUCUCUGCAAUACGGUUGGUCCAUAAGAAAAUGCUAGCUCUCAGCAACAGGAAGAGGAUUCGUAUCUUUCAAAUUGUAUAGAGCGGAGAUGUUGUGUGAUCGCCG